AGCUUGAAAACGUUAUAUAUCCGGAGGAUUUUAUAAACAAACUGUGAUUGUUGUAUUGUAUUCCAAAACGAGGAAGAGGAACAUGUUGCCAACAGUAAGUAUUUAGUUGAACAGCGAGGAAGUAAACGAUAUUUCAGGUAAAAAAACAUGGAAGACGAAGAGCGGCUACAGCUCGGAGGAAACCCGGACUGGAUGUCCCUUCUGCCCGCAGAGCUGCUGGAUGUCCCGCUGUGGAACCUGGCCAUACCCGGGAGCCAUGACAGCAUGUCUUUCUGCCUGGACGUCUCCUCUCCUGUCCUGAAAUCAGAGCCCCGCCUCCUCAGAGUGAUUGACAGGCUGUUUCCCUGCUGGACUCGACCCUGCAUCUACCGCUGGGCCACCACACAGCAGUCGGUCCUGAGUGAUCAGUGUGAUCUGGGAAUUCGUUUCUUUGACCUGCGGAUCGCCAGGAAGCCAUCAGGAGGCGGGAAACUGUUUUUCGCCCACGGCAUUUACACACUGAUCACUGUGAAGGAGGCCCUGGGGGAACUGGCUACCUGGUUAGACGCUCAUCCGAAAGAGAUCAUCAUCAUUGCCUGCUCUCAUUUCGAGUCACUGACCGAUGAAGAUCACUGCCAGCUUGCGGAUUACAUCAUCUCCCUGUUUGGAAAGAAACUAUGCUCUUCAGAGGACAUUCCCACCUUGCGUUCCUGUUGGUGUAGAGGUCAGCAGGUUGUAGUUUCCUAUGAUGACCAGCAGAUGGUGCUGCAGCACCCUGAGCUGUGGACUGGGAUACCUUACUGGUAUGCCGACAGUUCGGACCCUAAGAAAGUGAUCGCCUAUCUGGAGGAGCAGAAACACAGAGGAAGACCAGAUGGUUUCUACGUCAGCGGGCUGAACCUGACAGAAGACGCUGCGUACAUCCUGCUGCACCCCCUGCAGGACAUGAGGACCCUGACCCUGAGGGCUCUCUCUCUGCUGCUCCGCUGGGCGAGCGAGCAGCAGCCGGGGGGCGGGGCGGGGGGGCUCAACGUCCUCUGCUGCGACUUCGUGGACGUCAGUCACUUCUGCUCGCUGGUGAUCCGCCUGAACUACAAGAAAGUGCUCGCUGCUCCUCGUGCCGUCUGUACUGUGCCGAGAGCUACAGCAGAAAGCAUUGGCUGCUGCCAUAGCAACCAGACUGGACAUCCAACAUAGGAACUCUUGGAAGUCAGCAUUUAUUAUUUUGUGGCAUUUUUCUCAGUGAAAGUGCCAAUUACUGUGAAUACUGUCACUUUUAAACGUGUCACUCUUACCUCUCUUGUACACAGGUUCAUGUAUUGUUUUACAGAUUGUACAUAUAUUUGAAUUUUGAACAUACUUUUUACGUUUCGCAUGCUAUUUGGGAGUAUUAACCUAUGUACAUUAUAUAAA